UCUGUGGGGAGGGUCGGGUGGCUGGCGGAGUCCGUUGUAGAUUUACAGCUCCGGAGCCGAGGCUGCUGCUCGGGGUCUCAGAGCCACCGCAUCCGGCAGAGUGCGACUGUGACCCGAGCGCGACUCGACGGUACCGCUGCCGGUGGUCCUCGGCCCGCGCUCCUCCGCAGGGACCCGCCUCGGAGCUCCACCAUGGCGUCCACGAACACCAACCUCCAGAAAGCAAUAGAUCUUGCAAGCAAAGCAGCCCAGGAAGACAAGGCUGGGAACUAUGAGGAAGCUCUUCAGCUCUACCAGCAUGCUGUUCAGUAUUUUCUCCAUGUCGUUAAGUAUGAAGCACAAGGCGAUAAAGCCAAGCAGAGUAUCAGGGCCAAGUGUACCGAAUAUCUUGAUAGAGCAGAAAAAUUGAAGGAAUAUCUGAAGAAAAAAGAGAAGAAACCACAGAAGCCUGUGAAAGAGGAACAGUCAGGUCCAGUUGAUGAGAAGGGGAAUGAAAGUGAUGGAGAAGCAGAGUCUGAUGAUCCUGAGAAAAAGAAACUACAGAAUCAACUUCAAGGUGCCAUUGUUAUAGAGCGACCAAAUGUAAAAUGGAGUGAUGUUGCUGGUCUUGAAGGAGCCAAAGAAGCACUUAAAGAGGCUGUGAUUCUGCCUAUUAAAUUUCCUCAUCUAUUUACAGGAAAGAGGACACCGUGGAGAGGAAUCCUAUUAUUUGGACCACCAGGAACAGGGAAAUCCUAUUUAGCCAAAGCUGUUGCAACGGAAGCAAACAACUCAACAUUUUUCUCAAUAUCUUCCUCUGACCUUGUUUCUAAGUGGCUAGGGGAAAGUGAAAAACUGGUUAAGAACUUAUUCCAGCUUGCCAGAGAGAAUAAGCCUUCCAUUAUCUUCAUCGAUGAGAUUGAUUCUCUUUGUGGUUCGAGGAGUGAAAAUGAAAGUGAAGCUGCACGGAGAAUUAAGACCGAAUUCCUGGUUCAAAUGCAAGGAGUUGGUGUGGACAAUGAUGGCAUUUUAGUUCUGGGAGCUACAAACAUACCCUGGGUUCUGGAUUCUGCAAUUAGGCGGAGAUUUGAGAAACGUAUUUAUAUUCCUUUGCCUGAAGCACAUGCCCGUGCAGCCAUGUUUAAAUUGCACUUGGGCAGCACUCAGAACAGCCUCACAGAAGCAGACUUCCAAGAACUUGGGAGGAAGACGGAUGGCUAUUCAGGAGCAGAUAUAAGUAUCAUUGUUCGGGAUGCUCUUAUGCAGCCUGUUAGAAAAGUUCAGUCAGCUACUCACUUCAAAAAGGUUCGUGGACCCUCAAGAGCUGACCCUAACUGCAUUGUAAAUGACCUGCUGACCCCCUGCUCUCCAGGAGACCCCGGGGCUGUGGAGAUGACAUGGAUGGACGUUCCUGGAGAUAAACUCUUAGAGCCAGUUGUUUCCAUGUGGGACAUGCUGCGGUCUCUGUCCAGCACUAAACCUACCGUCAAUGAGCAUGACUUGUUGAAAUUAAAAAAGUUUACAGAGGAUUUCGGUCAGGAAGGCUAGUGCAAGGCAGCAACAACAUGUUUACUCUACACUUCCUCUUUUCUAGGUAUUUUGCCUUUCUUGGAUGACAUUCAGAAUAUUUCCAGUAAACUUUCACACAGGAAAACAUACGUCUCCCUUCAGUGUUUCUUUAGGCUUGUGUUGUACUUUUUCCUACACUACCUGUUAAAUUCUCCAGCUAACAAAAGUUGUAAGGAAGCGACUCGGCAAUGGUAUGAAAAACAGCAUAGACCUGAACAGUGAGGAGAGCCUCGAACUUGGCUUGAGGGCUGCAUUUAGGGUUUCUAAGAGCGCUCUUUCAAAGAGCAGCGUCUUUCCUUCCUUCCUUCGUUUCUUCCUUUUUUUCCUUAAGGAAAUUGAAAUAGGGCUAAUGCUAAUGAUAAUUAUCUUGGAAAAAAUCUUUAAGCAUUCUUAUCAAUGUAAAGUUACUGCUUUAUUAAAAAUUAAAAACGGUAGAAUCUUUUCUCUCAGGGAUGGGCGGUAAAGCACAGAGCACUGUGAUGUAUUUGGGGGUUUGUGGCACAGCCAGUGCUCCUGUUGACCUUGUAAUGGGUUGAGUCUUCCUGUGUAGAUAAAGUGAUUCCUCUCCAGGCCACAGGCUUUUCUCUCUACAUGACACCUUUCACUGUGCACUCAGAGACUUUCUAAGCUAGUCAUCACCUUCACCUUGGAGCAGAAAGUUGUCUAUUUCAGUGUCUUUUUGUAGCUAAGAUUGACCAAAAGAGGUGGCAAAGAAGUAUACUUUUUUUUGGAAUUGUUAUGAAAUAUUGUAAUGGGAACCUUUAAUAAUAAGAAACUGGCUUCCCUUUGGACUUCAGGAUAAUUCCUGUGUAUAACGUGUGUGUGUGUGUGUACAUAUAUAUAUGUAAUUUUUUAAUAUAGGAAAGCGAGAAUCUUGUCUUUUACUUUUAAGUUCAGGGAGCAGUUUGUCCUAGCUACACAAACAUUAUCAGUGUGGUAUUUCAUGAAACUUUAGCGAUAAACUGAUGUCUCAUUAAACAUAGCAUCAUGUUAUUUUAAUGUCUUCAAAUAAAUGAUCUGAGUGUAUGUGUCACACACUUGUGUACCAACUCUGAGUUGUGCCUUGGACAUUUGCAUUGACUACAUGCAAACAAUUACUAGGUUAUCUAGAAUUGCUAUGCAGUUCUACCUUGCAAGUGCUACACAGUAAUUGCAUUUUAAAGAAUAUUUGCACAUUUUACAUGCUAUACUAUAUGAUUGCCUUUAGGUUUUCUGUACAGAUUUUUUUUUGUUGAUAUUUGAUGAAAAUCCUAGGACUGAGAUAAAUACUGUUCUUAUGUGAAGUAAAUUGCUAUAAUCUA